AUGGUGGCGCACGAGCAGCUCCGCGUGGUUCGCUGCGGUGGCAGCUGGCUGAGCGGGAGCCGCGCGGUCUUUUCUGCGGAUUCUAAGUACCUCUUGUGUGCUUCGGGUGACUAUGUAAAAGUCUACAGCACGGCUACAGAAGAAUGUAUACAUGUCCUACAGGGUCACAGCAACUUUGUCACAGGAAUCCAGUUGAAUCCCCAAAAUCAUCUGCAGCUCUAUUCAUGGUCUCUAGAUGGCACCAUUAAGCUUUGGGAUUUUAUGGACGGAAUCCUAAUCAAGACAUUUGUCGUUGGGUUCAAAGUCUUUGCAUUGUAUGCACUUCCAAGCUUUGAAAGUUCAGUAUAUCUUAUUAUUCCAAAGGAUAAUGAUGAAAGAUCAGGUAUAUUUCAGCUAGCUUCGUUAAAACUUCCAAAACUACCAGAUCAGGAAGUAGAAGCCAAGGACCUGGAAUUGAUUUUGGAUGGUGUAAGCCAGUCUCCCAAAUGUACUGCCUUCGGAAGAGAAGGCGAAUACGUGGUGUCUGUCUGGGAGCUUCACCUCGUUGUUUGUUUUUUCAAGAAGAAAAAGAUUUACAGCUUUCCUUUAGGUUCAAAACUCAAAAAUAGUGCAACCAGCUGCUUCACCUGUGUAGCCUGUCACCCAAAGGAAGACUGCAUAGCAAGCGGACACAAAGAUGGCAAGAUUCGUUUGUGGAGAAAUUUUAAUCAUAAGAAAGAAUAUACAUUCUCCACAAUGCACUGGCACCAUGAUGAAGUUAUGGAUCUCGCUUUCACAAUAGAAGGAACUAGCCUUCUGAGUGGCGGGGUUGAGUCUGUCCUGGUUCAGUGGCGAGAUGGGUCAAACGCUAAGAAAGAAUUCUUGCCUCGUUUGGGAUCUACAAUACAGCAUAUCUCUGUCUCGCCUGACGGAACUUUCCUUUGUACCUCGCAUUCGGAUAACAAAAUCGUAAUCAUACACAGCCACUUGAAAGUCUCUGCAGUAAUUCAAGGAUUAAUCAGAGGCAGUAACGUCAAGACUGGUUUGAUGGUUGACCCAAGGACGAAAGCUUUGGUUCUGAAUGGCAAGCCGGGUCACCUGCAGUUCUAUUCACUGCAAAAUGACACUCAGCUGUAUAACUUGGAUAUCGUGCAGCAGGAGUUUAUCCAUCAGUAUGGCCUGAACCAAGUGGAGUUAGUGAAGGCUGCGUUUGAUUCCAAGGGCAACUGGCUGGCUACUGUGGAACAGCGGCAAGGAAGCUGCAGUGAACUCGAAUUGUACAUGAAGCUCUGGGCGUAUGAUGAGCAAACACAAAGCUUUACUCUGAACACCAGAAUAAAUACGCCACAUGAGGAUUGCGUCACGGCUGUGUGUUUCCGGGGCGCAGAUGAGUCUGAAAACAUAACACCAACGUUGGUAACGGCUAGUCAUGAUGGACACUUCAAAGUCUGGAUGCUUCUGGUUGACAAUGAUGGUGAAAACCCAACCCUAAGCUGGACCUGUGAUUUUGUAGGAAGCUAUCACAACUAUCACGCUACAAAUUGCUGUUUUUCCGAAGAUGGCUCUUUGCUUGCAGUUAGCUUUGACAAAAUAGUCACUGUGUGGGACUCAGAAACGUGGGAUCUAAAAUGCACUUUCUGCCAUCCUCCUGGAACUAUACUAAGCCUAUGUUUCGGGAGACUAAGUUGUUCCAAAUACCUUCUGGGCACCACCAGUUCUGGCUUUUUGUGCUGCUGGAAUUUGCUGAGCUGUGCAUUGGAAUGGAGUGCCCAGUUAAAUGUCAUCAUUCUGCAACCUGAUGGCCUGUCUGAAAACAUUGCCGCCAUUUCGUGGAACUCGGAAUACUCAGACGUAUUCGUGUUUAAACCCAGUGAGCCGCAGCCCUUAUGUAUCCAGAGAAAGGUCUGCAGAGGAAGAGUCCGGUGGGCUGUCUUUGUUCCAAGAGAUGUGCCUGAAUGUAUCAGCUCAGAAAAAUAUCAGUGGCUAAGCCAGUCUCAGUUUUACUUCCUGACUGAAACACAUGAAUUGAUGACGUUUAGUACAAAGUCCCCAGAAGAAAGACUUACGCCUUCCAGCAGACAGUUAGCAGUUGAGGAGAGUUUCUCCAUGACACCUUUUUACCUGCUCCUGGGAAAGCACCGGCAACAAACAAAAGAAGCUGCAGAAACUGGGCGAGUAGCAACACAGAGCAACUUGGCACAAGAGUCACCUGCUGUCAAAGAACUGCUUCACACUCCAGCCCAUGUCUUACCAUCCGCCUCUUUCCUGUGUCCUAUUUUUGUUAACUCACUGCUGGUAUCUAAAACAAGCAAAAGCACUGGUGAAGUUUCUGAUGAAGUUGAAAUGGAAAGCGACAAUGCAGAGAAUGAAUCCGAGGAAGAAGUGGACUUAACUGAAGUUCACCCGGAGGCUUCUGAAGCAACAGAAUGUUUGGGGGACAUUAUACCCAAAUUAUCAAAAGCUCAGGAAAGAGAACUGCGUAAAAUCAGAAAACUGGACUACAGCUGGGCGUCAGCUCUCUAGACAUGGAGUAUUGUGGACUGCAUAUUUUUGUAUUUCUUACCAAUAAUUUAAUAAGAUGUUCGUGCUUUUAAAUAAAAGGUUGUUGCUUUUC